UCCCCUAUUGGCUGGUAAAGUGGUAGUAAUACUGUCUGUAGUAGCACUAGGCCAGAAAUUAUGAACCAAACCAAAGCUCCGUUCGUUUGAAUUUCAGUUUCUCUCGCCGCUGUCGUUUUGGUUCUCCCUUUCUCCGUUCCAUACAAAACCCUAAUUCGUCUUUUGGAUCCCCAAUUUCAGACAAAUUGGGAACACCACAUUGCCACAAUGUCCGAUUCCACUCCCCUCCUUGCAUUCAUCACACUCGCAUUGAUGUGUGGCAUCACAAAUUCGAUGAGGUUCGAGCUUCGAUCGGGUCACACUAAGUGCAUUGCCGAGGAGAUUAAGAGCAACGCUAUGACCGUAGGCAAGUACAGCGUCGUUAAUCCCAAUGAAGGUUAUGCGAUUCCUGAUACCUACAAGCUCGUAGUCAAAGUGAGCUCGCCUAGUGGGAACAGUUAUCACUAUGGGGAUCACGUGGAAUCCGGUAAUUUUGCGUUUUCUGCGGCUGAAUCCGGUGACUACACGACUUGUUUUUGGAUACCUGAUAGCAAGGAAAGCCCAACUGUGACCAUUGAUUUUGAAUGGAGAACUGGAGUUGCUGCCAAGGAAUGGUCCAAGGUUGCAAAGAAAGGACAAGUUGAAGUAAUGGAAUUUGAGUUGAAGAAGUUGUAUGAUACUGUCCAAUCUAUCCACGAUGAGAUGUUUUAUCUACGUGAAAGGGAGGAACAAAUGCAAGAACUUAACAAAGAGACUAGCAGCAAGAUGUUUACCUUCAGUUUCCUUUCAAUUGUGGUUUGCUUGUCUGUGGCUAGUUUUCAACUAUGGCACUUGAAGACAUUCUUUGAGAGGAAGAAGUUCCUCUAAGUCCCCUCCCCUCCCCCCUUUUUCUAUUUUCUACCCAUAUGUAUCCAAAUGUAUGAUUAGUUUAUUUUUGGCUUUUAUAAUUGAUUGAUAUUAAUAUGCUGUUGCUGCCUAUCAUAAAUCAUGUUCAGCAUAUAUAACACCGAAUUGGUAUAUUUUAGAAACAAAUUUGAUAGAAUCUCAAGUUCCCUUGAUUAAUAUAUAAUUUGAACGGUUAUUGUUUU